AUGGACGCAAGCACAAAGGUGAAGAAGGGAGCUGGAGGAAGGAAAGGAGGAGGACCAAGGAAGAAGUCAGUCACCAGAUCUGUCAAAGCUGGACUUCAAUUUCCAGUCGGAAGAAUUGGUAGAUUCCUGAAGAAAGGUAGAUAUGCUCAGCGUGUUGGUACCGGUGCUCCUGUCUACUUAGCUGCUGUUCUUGAAUAUCUUGCCGCUGAGGUACUUGAGUUGGCUGGAAAUGCAGCACGUGACAACAAGAAGAACAGGAUUAGUCCGAGACAUUUGUUGUUGGCUGUGAGGAAUGAUGAGGAGCUUGGAAAACUGCUUGCUGGUGUUACCAUUGCUCAUGGCGGUGUUCUUCCUAACAUCAACCCCGUGCUUUUGCCUAAGAGGACUGAAAAUGCUGCUGCUAGUACUCCCAAGUCUCCAUCAAAGGCCAGGAAAUCUCCUAAGAAGGCUUAG